GUAUACGUACCACCCGUCCUGGCCAAAUGGCUACGACCUCAUCAACGAGAAGGUGUACAGUUUAUCUACGAAUGUGUCAUGGGUCUCAAAGACUUCAAUGGUCACGGUUGUAUUCUAGCCGAUGACAUGGGUCUCGGCAAAACCCUACAGUCCGUCACACUCAUUCAUACGCUGCUCAAAACUGGCAUCACUGCCAACGGAGCCCCGACCGCGAAACGGGUCAUUGUGGUUUGUCCCUGCAGUCUCGUCAAAAAUUGGGAAAACGAAUUCGUCAAAUGGCUCGGACCGGGGGUAGUCAAAACGUUGGCAAUCGCCGAAGCCGACCGCAAAACCGUCGAACGCAACCUGGAUACCUUUGUGCGUACCAAAAUAUUCAACGUGAUGAUUGCCAGCUACGAGUGCAUCCGGACCCACGUCGGGCGUCUGUCCAAACACGCCGACUGCUGCGAUUUGCUCGUUUGCGACGAAGCACACCGCCUCAAAAACAGCGACAACCAAACCUCCCGUGCCCUCAAUUCCCUGCCGGUCCGACGACGGGUGCUUCUGACCGGAACGCCCAUGCAGAACGACUUGCAAGAGUUCUACGCCAUGGUGGACUUUACCAAUCCCGGCAUACUGGGAACGCCGGAAGAAUUCCGCCGCAAAACACUCUUCCCGAUUCUGCGCGGACGCGAGCCCGACGCCUCCGACGCCCAAAAACACAAAAUGAUGCAAAUUCAAAACGAUAUGAGUCGGAUCGUCAACGAUUUUAUUCUACGCCGGGUCAAUACGCUCAACGCACAGCACCUACCACCGAAACUCGUACAAGUUGUCUGUUGCAAUCUGACCGAAAUUCAACAAAAUAUGUACCAACAUCUCGUCAACAGCAAAGACAUGCAACACGUUUUGGACGGCAAGCAAGUCAACUGUCUUUCAUCUAUUCAAAUGCUAAUGAAGCUCGCCAAUCAUCCCAGCCUGGCUUCCAUGGCCGCACCGGGAGCGGACGGCAUUGCCAAAUUUCUCCCGUAUGUUCCCGGUGAAGGAGGCGGCCGACGGGGAGACUUUGCUCCCGUACGCCCCGAAUGGUCCGGUAAAAUGUUUGUUCUCUACCGCCUUAUGAAGGAAAUGCGCAAACCGGGCAACGGUAACGAUAAGAUUGUCAUUGUGAGCAAUUACACGCAAACGCUGGAUCUCAUUGGACGCAUGUGUCGCGAAAAUUCCUGGGGCUUUUGCCGUCUAGACGGAUCCAUCACGAUGAAAAAGCGACAGAAAAUGUGUGACGAAUUCAACGACCCCAAUUCGCCCCUCGUCGCUUUUUUGCUUUCCAGCAAAGCCGGUGGAUGUGGUUUGAACUUGAUUGGGGGCAACCGUUUGGUCUUGUUUGAUCCCGACUGGAAUCCUGCGGUGGAUAAGCAGGCUGCAGCUCGAUGCUGGCGUGACGGCCAGAAGAAACGGUGCUUUACGUAUCGCUUUUUGGCAACCGGAACUGUGGAAGAAAAGAUUUUCCAGCGCCAGCUCUCAAAAGAGGGACUGCAGUCCGUGGUCGACGACAAAGAACAGACCAAUCAGCUAUCAACCAAAGACCUCAAGAAUUUGUUCAAACUACGAACGGGAACGCCUUCUGAUACUCACGACAAGCUCCGAUGUGAACGGUGC